CUCGGUAGGUGGCGAUCGAGGAUGCUCGUGAGGUCGGACUGGGAGGCGGGAUUUCCUGUCACUCAGGGAGAACUUCCGGUCCAACACGGAAGGCCGUUCCCUGCUUCUGUAGGGCUGUCCUGGGGUGUGUGCUGUUGAUGGAGUUCUGCUUUGGGGUUCACUUGUGGCGCGAAGGUUGGGCGAGUGUCUCCGGGUAAUCCGUUUCCCCGACAAGCACGUGGAAGUGCGGCCACGAUGGACUUCCCCAGCUGCCUCCGCCCCUCACUGUUCCUGACUGGCCCCCUUGGUGUGAGCGAUGUCCCCGACCUGUCCUUUAUGUGCAGCUGGAGAGAUGCACUAACCUUGCCAGAGUCCCCACUCCAGAACUGCAAGAAUACAGCUCCGCCCUUGGCCAAGACCCUGCUAUGGGAGCCGGUGAUGCCUGGGCCCCUUCCACUGCUGCCUCCCUGUCCCGAUCCUUGGGACCCUGGUGUCACCGUGCAGGACCUGCUUUUCCGAGGCGGUUUCCACUACCGGAGACAGCCCCAGGUUGUGCUGGACGUCACCGAACAGCUCAGCAGGUUCCUGUGGGAUCAUGGGGACAUAGCCUUUGCCCCGCUAGGGAAGAUGAUGCUGGAGAAUUUCAAACUGGAGGGAGGCCGGAAUCGCUCCAAGAAGAUGACGGUGGUCAGCGCUAAGAGGCUGCUGCAGGACCUCGGAGGACACCAGCCCUGGGGGUGUCCCUGGGCCUACCUCAGCCACAGACUGCGCCGCUUCUCCAUCGUCGGGGGCCCAGUGCUGGGCAAGUCAGUGUCGAGCCUGCUGGGGAGGCUGCUGCAUGAGGAGCUGGCCACGCGCUGGGAACAGCUGCUCCUGGACGAGGCCUUCACUGGAGGUGCCUUGGCCUGGCUGCCUGGGAGGACCCCGCAGGUUGGCCAGCUGGUCUACCCGGCUGGUGGUGCCCUGGACAGGCUGCGUUUCCAGGAGGUCAGUCUGUCCUCAGGCAGUGACCCCCAGGUCCUCGGAGACCCUGGGUGCAUCCAGCUCAAGGGACCUGUGCGACAGGUGGUGACCAGCACCGUCCAAGGAGAAACGCUGCUGGCUGUGCGCUCUGACUACCACUGUGCCGUUUGGAAAGUGGGGAGGCGGCGGCCGGCCCCACAGCAGGUGCUGCGGGUUGAGAAGGGGGCCACGGGGAUCAGUCUCAGCCCUCACCUCCCCGGGGAGCUGGCCAUCUGCAGCCGUUCCGGAGCAGUCUGUCUGUGGACCCCCCAGGAUGGGCUGCAGCAGGUCUACAAGGACCCAGAGACCCUCGUGUUCCGGGACCCUUCUCCCUGGCGUUGGGCAGACUUCACUGCCCACCCUCGGGUGCUGACUGUGGGUGACCGCACUGGAGUGAAGAUGGUCGACACUCAGGGCCCCCCAGGAUGCGGUCUGCUGCUUUUCCGGGCAGGGGCUGAGGCCUCCUGCCAGAAAGGGGAACGUGUUCUGCUCACACAGUACCCAGGGCAGUACAGCCCCGAGUCGCUGCCCCCGACUCUGCAUCUCAUCUGUACCCAGUUCUCACUCUACCUGGUGGAUGAACGCCUGCCCCUGGUGCCGAUGCUGAAGUGGAACCAUGACCUCCCCUCCCCGGCCCUGCUGGCCCGCCUGCUGCCUCCAGCCGAACCUGGCUGCCAGCAGCCCCUGUUCCUGGGCAGCCUAGGUGGGCAGGUGCAGCUGCUGCAUAUCACAGGAAAGGAGGCCUCUGAACCCAGACUCGCCCGACCCCCCCAAUCUCUACCCUCCCUAACCGACUCCCUCUGUGCAUUUCCCCUGCUGGAGCCCAAGAGCCAGCAGCAGCUGCAGGAGCGACUAGAGGCGCCAACCAUAGGUCUGGCCUGUGCCUCCCCGCCUGGUGCCUCCACACCAGCAGUGUGGCUUUUCCAGCUCUCAGCAGCCGGGGAUAUUUUCUACCAGCACCUCGCUCUCCAAGCGGCCUCCAGCCUCCAUCAAGACUCCGGGCCUCCCGGCAACCCCAGGGCAGCAGCGCCUCCUAUGGACCAGAGACCCUCACCCUCCUGGACCCCCCAGGCCACUGCCUGCUGCAGCCGUUGGCUGGAGGCCCUGCUGCAGGUGCCGCCUGCACCCCCCGUGUGGACUGCACCUACCUUCUCCCAUCGCCGCCUGCUAGGCCGCCUGGAGCCCCGGGAGGUGGAAGGGAAAGCGCUUCAGGUUCUGCGGGCGGCCAUGGCCGGGGGGAGGCUUCUGCAGCAGAGGGACCUGGGCCUUCUCCCGCCAGCAGAGCUGCCCCCUGCCCCCGAGCCAGGCCCACAGGAUGAGCUCAGUGAGCGUUUGGAGGAAGCCUGGGAAGGCCGGGGGGCAAAGUGGUGGAAGAGACAGCAGGGCAAGACCUCGAAGCCGGGGAAGCGGACCAAGCGGGCCAAGCGCCGGACUCAGCUGUCCAGCACCUUCUCUUCGCUCACCAGCUGCGUGGACCUCCCGGAUAGCGCCAGCUCAGAGCGGACCCUCUCAGAGGCCAGGUCCCAGCCCCCUGUGACCCCACACUCCCAGGGGUCGGCUCGGCAACUGUGGGCCCAGGGUGUCCACUCAGAGAGGCGACAGACCCUUGGGGACUGCAUGGCGGGGCUGCCACUUCCAAAGGGCACCCCUGCCCCGGGACAGGUGCCCUCACCCCCCUCCCAGGCCUCCAGCGUCCGAGCCACACCCUCCCGGCUGCCUGCCCCUGGCUCUCAGCCCCACCGGAAGAGGCCACGUAUGGGCUUCUGAGGACACCAGAGUUGCUGUCACUGACCCCGUCCUCCACUGUGGACCAGCUGUGCCUUCCUAAAACAGACGGAACUUCCUGGUGCAGAGCUUUCUGCCUCCUGAAUGCCUCGGGAGACCCAGAAGCAAGCGACAGGAUGAACUGAGUUGAAGGAAUAGGACCAUAGUCUGUGUUUUGCACAUUUGCCUGCAAACAGACCCUGAAGCCUCAGGGAAAGGGUCUCUUGUGAACCAGUGUGGCUGCUGUUCUGGAGACGGCAGGGGCUGUGCUGGGAAGCAGGGCCCUCGUGUCUCCCAGUGUCUCCUUAUCUGUAGGAAAGUGGGGCAUCGGCACCUGCCCCUGUGUCUGGCCUCGUGGCACAAGGCCCCAUAGCCACUCCCUGGCAGGGCCUCAUGGGGGGCACAGGGCAGGCUGGCAGCUUGUGCUGCAGAACCGUCCCGUGUCUACAGGGUGAUAUUUGGGUGCCAGGCUCAUGGGUGUAAUAACCCAGGCGGCUGAACGUGACAGAGCGGUCAUGUUUGCAGGCUGCAUGGUGUCCCCUAUACUGUGGGCGAGGGCACACUUGCUUGAGUUUGUACGGACACUCAGGUGUGAUCCACUGGGAGGGAAACAGCCUCCGCGUGGCUGACAAAUGGGUUGCGCAUGGCUGACACAGACAGCGGUCCAGGAACACACGUUACGUUCUCAUGGGGCUGAUGAGGCGUUU